GUUGCAUUGGAGAUGCUUUGCUGAGCGGUCAGAGCACAGGCCAUUCUAUUCCUCCGCGUUUUGUGCCAUAACGUUGAGAUUCUCUCCACCGGUUUUUUGUUUUUUAAAUUAUUUUAUUAGCCUUACUCGAUGUGCAUUUUUAUUUUGCAUUGCUCCUCGUGUUUUGCAUGAUCUAUUGCUUGUUCGAUGCUCUUAAAUAACAUCGAAGCAUCUACGUAUUUCCUUAUCAAAAAGUUUGUGUCAAAGGCGGCUAUGAAGAUGUCAUUGUCCUUGCUAUUUGGAACCCUACUGAUCUUCAGCAGUUCCUCUGUAGAUGCAGCUGGAACAGUUGGUAAGGCCUGCAAGGUAACGGAUAAUAUGCCUGGAAUCUGCCGCACUGCCUCCGAUUGUGAGCCAUUGAUCGAUGGUUAUAUCAAGUCGGGAGUCCUUAAGCUCAGCGAUGUGCCUAGUUGUGGUCUCGGCGCUUGGGGUGAGAUCUUCUGCUGUCCCACAGAGCCAUGCUGUGGCAAUGGUACCACAAGAACUGUGCCCACCAGAACUUCCACUAGUACAUCGACGGCCAGAACGAUCAAGUCUGAGGGGCGUGUGAAUGUGCCAACGGAAACUGGAACCGGUGAUCGUCCAGCAUUGGCAGCUUGUAAGAAGAUUCGGGAACAAAGGAAAAAUAAAAGUGGCAACGAUCUGGUCACCCACAUUGUUGGAGGUCAUCGCGUUGAUCCUGGUAUCUAUCCUCAUAUGGCGGCUAUUGGUUAUAUCACCUUUGGCACUGAUUUUCGUUGUGGUGGAUCACUAAUCGCCAGUCGGUUUAUCCUGACGGCCGCUCAUUGCGUCAACACCGAAGCCAAUUCACCAGCCUUUGUCCGCCUGGGAACGGUAAACAUUGAAAAUCCGGAUAAGUUCUAUCAGGAUAUCGUUGUGAAAAGUGUUCAGAUCCAUCCGCAGUAUGUGGGCAAAAAGUAUCAUGAUAUCGCUGUCUUGGAACUGCAACGUGACGUGAUCGAGUCGGAUUAUGUUCGACCUGCUUGUCUUAACACGGAACCAGGAGAUCCACCAUCUAAUUCCAAGUUGUUUGUCGCCGGCUGGGGUGUCCUUAAUUUAACUACUCGUGCGGUUUCUAGGGUUCUCAUGCGAGCAGGUUUGGAUUUGGUGACCCUGGAACAAUGCAAUAUAUCCUAUGCUGAGCAACCGGGAUCAAAUCGGUUUCUUAGUCAUGGCGUGAUCGACUCUUUAAUGUGCGCCAUAGAUCAUAAACUAAUAGCCGAUGCCUGCAAAGGCGACUCUGGUGGUCCGCUUAUGCGUGAACUUGACGCAGAGAUCGGCAUGUACACCAUAAUGGGUGUCAUCUCGUCGGGAUUUGGAUGCGCCACCGUUACGCCAGCCCUUUAUACACGUGUAUCCUCUUAUCUGGACUUUAUUGAGGGCAUUGUCUGGCCGGACAAUCGAGUGUAAAACGAUCAUGUUGUUUUAGGAUGAACCAGGCGCAUGGAGCAUAUUAGACUAUGGCAUGAUUUUAAAAACAAAUUAUGAAUUAUUUUUACCCAAAUUGGCAUAUACACAUAACUGUGAUCUCUACAAAAACCGCGAUCAAAUCUAUAUAAUACAAAUAAAAUAUGUUAUUAAUACUUAA